AUGUUAAGAGGAAGAGCUCCAGCUCCUCCUGCAGCAGCAGGGAUCACGCAGAGGGAAUACAGCCAGGUCUACCUGGGUCUACAGCCAGGUCUACCAGCACAAAAGGGAGAGGCUUCUGGUUGGGACCUGGGGCUGGUGGUGCAGCCGAGUCCCGCCUUUCUGGGUCCUAGUUUUCCACGUGCUUUUUUGAAUAUUCCUACAAUAAAGGUGUCUCUUGAUCACCACAUGAUGAACAGCUCCAUGUCGCCCAGCUCACACCCUCCUGAGCACCACCACUCUACAGCAGUGCCAGGGCAUGACCAUGGAAGCGGGAUGAUGAUGAUGGCGAUGACUUUCCACUUCAGCUACGAGAACGUGCCGCUGCUGUUCUCCGGGCUUACGAUCAAUUCUCCUGGAGAAAUGGCUGGUGCUUUUGUGGCCGUCUUCUUCCUAGCCAUGUUUUACGAAGGCCUAAAAAUUGCCCGAGAGUGUCUGCUCCGUAAAUCCCAGGUCAGCAUUCGCUACAACUCUAUGCCAGUGCCAGGUCCGAAUGGCACCAUCUUGAUGGAGACACAUAAAACUGUUGGGCAGCAGAUGCUGAGCUUCCCUCACCUCCUGCAGACCGUACUGCACAUCAUCCAGGUCGUGGUCAGCUACUUCCUCAUGCUCAUCUUCAUGACGUACAACGGCUACCUGUGCAUCGCCGUGGCAGCAGGCGCCGGCAUGGGCUAUUUCUUCUUCAGCUGGAAAAAGGCAGUCGUUGUGGACAUCACUGAGCACUGCCAUUAAUAGUGGGUGCUGCCCAGGAGCCUCUCCACCUCUGCUCUCUUGAAACGCAGCCACUCGAGGACUGGAUCAUUCCUAAGCUGAAAGAGCAACCACAGAAUCAAUGCAAGUUGACCACAAUUCCUGGCUGGGUCGGAGGGAGGUGAGGAGCUGGGGGUGCUGCUCCUGCCGGCCUGGCAGGGGUCUGGGGGAGCUCUGCAGGAUCCCAUGGUAGCCGUGCUGGGCUAGGAUUUGCUUUAUUCUUAGAUUACGCCGUGAUUGAAAUUAGUUGGCUGACAGAAAUAUAGAGGUUAUUCCUUUUUUAAAAACAAAACUUUUUUUUUUUAAUUUUUAAACUGUAAACACUUAUGACCUGUGAAGGUUUCAUGAACAGCAGGUAAAGAUGAAAGUUGCCAGGGGAGCCUAUGUGUGCAAGUGGCUAUUUUAUUUUAUUUUAAGAAGUGUAAGUAAUGCCAGGGUCUCCUGGCGUUGUGGCUUUUGGGGCCAGCGGCGCCUUGUGACUCGGUUCUGAGAACAGAGCUCCCCAGGGGUGGCUGCAGGGCAGAGCUGCUGCUGCUGCUGCUGCGCAGGAGAGGGGCCAGCUCUGCCCUGCCCGGAGCCCUGCGCAGCCCGUGGGCAGCACCGGGCGUCCCUGGCACCGCAUUGCUCAGCUUUGGGUGCUAACACUGCAGCGCCGCUGCUUCCCCUGCUCGGCACGGGAACGUGCUGAGCAGGUGCAGGACAACGGCUGCGUGUUCAGAGGGCAAAGAAAAUACUGAAAAUGACCCCUUGAAUCCCCACUGACUUCAUGUUGAAUCGCACCUGGAAAUUCUGGAUGGAUUUAGAGCUAGACUCUAAUAAGUUACUAAAACUCAUUCUGUAAAAGACACAAGACCUAAAUUGUAUUUGCGUGCCACUUAGCAGGUAACAUAUCUGAAGAGGGCAUUCCUUGAUUGAGAUGAAGGAAAUAAAACCAUGUGUCGGUGGAGGGAAGCCUGGGGGAAGAGAAGAAAGCAGCCUUGGAUUUGAUCUUCUCGGGUGGAAUUUGAAGCAGCCUGGGUUGAUAUAAAAAAAAAUAAUUGUGAUCCAAGUGACUGCUCCUUGUCUUAACAAUCAUGCUGUGACUUGCUACCUUACUGAGACACAGUCAGUGCCGCUGGCAGGAAGGGCCAGGAGCUCCGCAGAAAAACUUCCCGCUCAGGACUACGAGACCUGCAGAUUUAACAGGCAAGAAAGGAUGGCUCCCAGGAUGGGUGUUGCACAGAAACACGGGAGGAUUUCUAGGGGAGUUCUGGAUUGGCACUUUGUUCCUGAACUGCUCCCAGAGGUAGGGAGGGCAGCGUGGGCCGGGCAGGGCUGGACGCUGCCUUCAGGCACCUCCUGAGGGCACUCACCUUUCUGUAGCCUGCAGGCUCUAAAGGACAAGGCCUGGCCCUUGCCCACAGGUUCUGGUGCUGCUACUGCUUCUGAGCCCGUUCCCAGCCUGCUGCCCCCUCUGAAAGCCAGAGGAAAUCUGGGAUUGCGGCUGCCAGGCUCUUGUCCUGCUCUGCCGAGGCUCAGCCUUCCGGGAGUGCUGCCGGGCAUGGAAACAGGACACCUGCCCCUCGUUUCUGUAGUCAGUCCUCAUGUGAAUGGAAGCAGCACGGCUGCCGUGAUGGAAGGAUGCUGGCCGCACCUGACAGAAGAGAUAGGAGAAGCUCCUCCUUCCCCGGUCUGGUCUGCAAAGGGAGUAUGUCACACUACAGAAAGACACCUGCACAGGUCUGGAAGACACUACAGAGGGCAUCUCCAGACGGGAGAGAGGAAGAGGGGCAGCGGGAGGAAGCUCCAUGCUUGUUAGAGAAGCCGGCAGCUGUUACCUGCGUGAGCUGCUUGUGCUCUGGAAGCUUCGCACUGCAGAGACCUGUCUGUGAAGGAGCCUGCAGCUGAUGAGCGCUCCCACUGGUUUCUCCUGAGCAAACUGGAGUUGUUACCAUUAUGGCCAUGUCUGAUUACAGGGCACAGUCACUUGUAGCUUCAUGUGCUGACACUAGUAACUGCCUAUACCUCUGGACCUGCCAGAUCUUCCGGUAAAGUAAAGCCUGGGCUUGGCCUGAUCUUCCUGCUGCCAUGGGGGCCUUUCAGCCACCUUUGCUUCUGUAUUGAAGUGACCCGAUUUACACUCGUGUCAGAGAGGGAUGACUUGGGGAUUAUGCAGCGGUGGCUCCUCUGAUAGAAACCCAGUUCAUGCAUUAGCUUCUCUGCCUCAUUCUAGAUGCAGCACCUAGUGCCUCCAGAUUGAUAGCACCAGAAGCAGAGCUCUGCGCCUCCCGAGGGUUCCUCCCUGUCCACACGUGCAUGGAACAGGGCGCUCAGCUCGCGGGGUGUGGAGAGGGAAGCGACACUCCCUGAGCGUUGGGGCAGGAGGCUCCCAAGUUCCUCGUCUGGACCCUGUGUCCCACAGCAGCCGUCGGGAAUGUCGCUCCUCGGAGCGUUGGGCACUCCUGGAGUUGCCCAGUCCCACGGGGUGCAGGCUGGGGAGGAGGCCGCGGGGGAAGGUGUGAGGGUGCCUGAGAACAUGGCACUCUUGGAGAAUAAGCUCUGUGCAACAGGGCUGGGUCUCCCCAUGGUCUCCUGUGCUCCCUGGGCACGUCGUGGAGUGGGGCUGUGUCUUCUGCUUCUGAGGCUGCCGGCGUAGCAAGGUACAACUGAGAAACGCGCGUCCCUAGUCCCUGGCUCCCGUCUGUGACCUGUUGACAAUCCAGAGAAGCCUCUGCCCCCCGUGUGUCACCCUCCUUCUGUUGCACUACAUGCCACAGGCUGCUGGGCUCCUGGCCUGGGUUGCUCCAGGCUUUGCCAGGCUCCUGGCGACUCGGGAUCACUGCUGGUGCUGCAGGCCUGGCCGCGCUGAUGCCCGAGUCGAGGCUGGCCUGAUAUUAAUGCCAAACAUGCGUUAAGUAGCACUCGGAGGGAGGGCAGCGCUCAAACAUUGCUAUGCUCAAAGGGUGUAAAUGACUACGUGGUUCCCUAUGUAUCCAGCCUGUGCUGUCCUGUACCCGUGUGCUCUGGCUGUGUCCCUGCGCAGGGCAUACAGGGCAGCCCCGUGCUGUGUCCGGUGCCCACCUCCCGAGUGCCUUUCCGUUCACCUGGAGCCAGUCCCAACAGCUCCAGCAGGAUCUACAGCUUUGUUUACAGCGGACCAUAACUUUUGUUUUCAUUU